CACUCGUUUGAACCAAAAUCCCCAAAUCUCCAGAAACAAACAAACUAGGGCUCUCAACGAUUUCGCCGGAAGAAACACAAAUCACCGAUCGUUGGCCGUCACACCCACCGUCUCCCCCCUCCGCCGCCGCGAACAUCAGCCCCACCGUCGCAGCGAGCAUUACCCUCACGCUAGUCCACUCAGCGGGGGAGGGUAGUGUCGAGAAGAAAGAAGAAUCAGCCAGCAUCACCGUCUUCCCCCCUCCGUCGUAGCAAUCUUCACCCUCUGUCUGAGAUUGAAGAGAAGCGGAAGACAUUACGAACCCACCGUCUUCUGUAACUCACUAGCAAUUUCAGUUCAGAAGCAUCUCAAGUUUGAAUAUCAUCCCUCUACCAGCUGCGCCUAUUGGAUUGAUCAUUACCUUGCCCUUUACUACAUCAUGGAUCCAUGUAGUGAUUAUCCUCAUGCUGGUCCUUUGGUUGAGUUUGAUGCAGUAGUUCAUCGUAGUCAAACUGAGGAGGAUACAUUAUCAUUGCCGAAAGAGUCAUUGUGUUCUCAAACACAAGAGCAGGAGAUUAGUAAAGGCAUGUCUUUUGAAUCAUUAGAUGCUGUGAAAUCAUUCUAUCGUGAUUAUGGUGUUAGAAAGGGGUUUGGAUUCAUGGUAAGAAACUCCAGAAAAGGACCUGAUGGUAAAAUAAACUACAUCAUACUUGCAUGUUCAAGAGAAGGUAGUUAUGUCUCACCAAUCCCCACCGAGUUGAAGACCAAUUCAACAAUAAAGAACAAUUGUCCUGCUAAGAUAUCAGCAAAGUUGAGUAAAGAUGAUGGAAGAUGGUACAUAUACACAGUUGAUCUUGACCAUUGUCAUGAGCUUAGCCCUGGGAAAGCAAGAUUGUUUCAUGCAAGGAGAAACAUAAGUCCACCUAUGAAAAGAACACUUGAGACAACUGAUGAAGCUGGUGUAAGGGUGAACAAGAGUUUUCGUUCUCUUGUUCAAGGUUCAGGAGGAUAUGAAAACUUGGCUUUUGGUGAACAAGAUGUCCACGACUUUGUGGGACAACAAAGGCGUGCUCUUGGGAAGGAAGGAGAUGGAAAGGCAUUGAUAGCUUAUUUUGCUCAAAUGCAGCAAAAGAAUAGUGACUUCUAUUAUGAAAUUGACUUGGAUGACAACUUUCAUGUCAAAAAUAUAUUCUGGGCUGAUGCAAGGAGCAGGGCAAUGUGUGAGUACUUCGGAGAUGUGGUCUCCUUUGACACAACAUACCUGGUCAAUAAAUAUGACAUGCCUCUUGCCCUGUUUGUGGGUGUCAAUCAUCAUGGCCAAUCAAUUCUGUUGGGGUGUGGAUUGCUAUCUGUCGAAGACACCGACUCGUUUGUAUGGUUGUUUGAGACAUGGAUGCGUUGUAUGUAUGGAAAGGCUCCUCAAGGCAUUGUCACAGAUCAGUGUAUGGCCAUGGAAAAUGCAAUACAUUUGGUCUUCCCAAAUGCUCGGCAUAGGUGGUGCUUAUGGCAUAUAAUGAAAAAAAUUCCUGAGAAAUUCAAAGGUUAUGGUCAAUACAAGGAAAUGAAGAAUGACAUGGAAGUUGUUGUGUAUGAUUCAUUGGAUGAGAUUGAAUUUGAUAGCACAUGGAACACAUUCAUCGACAAAUAUGGGUUGAGGGAUAAUGAAUGGCUAACGAACCUAUACUUGGAGCGAUCAAGAUGGGUCCCAUGUUUGGUAAGGAAGUAUUUUUGGGCAGGAAUAUCAACCACGCAAAGAAGUGAAAGUAUGAAUGUUUUUUUUGAUGGAUAUGUAAACUCCAAAACAUCAAUACAACAGUUUGUCUUGCAAUACGGUAAUGCCAUUCGGGACAUGGCUGAAAAGGAGUGUAAGGCUGAUUUUCAGUCAUUUAACACAAAAGUCCCUUGCGCAACAAAUUCUGACAUUGAGAGGCAAUUCCAACAGCAAUACACUCAUAAAAAGUUUAAUGAGGUUCAAGCUGAAUUUCGAGGAAAAAUGAACUGUUGUGUGAUUGGCAUGUGUGAGGAUGGUUCAAUAUGCCGCUAUGAAGUCAUGGAAGAGAUGUGUAUUGCGGGGCAUACAAAGGAAGUCAAUUUCCACGUUAUCUUCAAUCGUGACACUCAUGAUCUUAGUUGCACUUGUUUAUUGUUUGAAUUUAAAGGGAUAAUGUGCAGACAUUCAUUUAUUAUAUUUGCAAAGGAAAGGGUGAAACAAAUUCCCUCCAAGUAUAUUUUAGAUAGAUGGAGUAAAAAUUUACGAAGGAACCACACUAGUGUCAAGUGUAGUUAUGACUUGAAACAUAUGCAGCCACAAGUGGAAAGGUUUGAUCAAUUGUGCAAGGUUUUCCACAAGGUUGCUGAGAUUGCAUCUGUGUCUCCUCAAGCCACUGAGUUGCUAGCUGAAAUUGUGCAUGGUGCUGAAGAGAAGGUGAAGACAGCAGCUACUUCUAGCCAAAAUCCGGGUCCACAUACUAAUGAUAUGUAAAUUUUCGGGCAUUUCCAUUAACCAUUUGAAUGGUGUUGUCUGGAUUCGAGACCUUUGGACAACUGUGAGAUGCUUAUUCACCUCAACAAGCUACUUCAGUUCACAUUUGGAAAUUCUCCUUUUUGGACCAUACAUCCUGUUUACUGCAGUAAUGUUGUGAUUAAAGUGAUGACAAUCUUGGCUCCUCUUUAUGCCCUAAAUACUGAUGCCAUAGACACAGACUCAAAGCUCCAACGUAUGUAUUGAAGAUAACUACAUAUAAAGUGGAGAUGAUCUUGUAGCCAUCAAGAGUGGUUGGGAAUGGGAUCAGUAUGGGAUCACCAACUUCAUAGUGCUACUAUAAGGACAGUUGCAUUGCAGAUUCACCCGGAAACCAAUUCAUCAAUGGCCUCCCCUGCAAGAAUCCAACUAACACAAGUGCUCAUAAUUUCAAAUCCACAGAAUUAAGCAAAUCUGGUUCCAGAGACAAAUUUGGCGCAUCA